AACAAAUAGUAUUUAUAUCCAUGUAAUAAAAAACUAUUCUUUUGUUCUCUCUUUACCUUCUAUAUUCUGAAGGGGUCAAUUGUUGAACAAAGUUUUGGAAGCAAAAAGAAGAAACCCCUUUGAGGAGGGAAGGUCAUCAUCUAAUUGACCAACUACAACAUAUUUGGUUUAUCUCCAAAUUUAUGUGAAGAGGAACCUGUAGAUUUUGAGGAUAGCUGUUAAAUCCUAUUUUGUUUAUUGAAGAUUGCUGUUUUUUAACUGAAAUUCAGGGUUGUGAAGAUGAUGAUGUUUGAAGAUAUUGGGUUUUGUGGUGAUCUUGAUUUCUUCCCUGCUCCGCUAAAGGAGGUGGAAACAGCAGCAGCUGUUCCACCACCGAUUGAGCCGGAGCCGUUGAUGGAUUAUGACUAUAGUGAUGAGGAGAUUGAUGUGGAUGAGCUGGAGAAGAAGAUGUGGAGGGACAAGAUGAAGCUGAAAAGGCUGAAAGAAAUGAGUAAGGGUAAGGAAGGUGUUGAUGCUGUCAAACAACGUCAGUCUCAGGAGCAAGCGAGGAGGAAGAAGAUGUCGAGGGCACAAGAUGGGAUCUUGAAGUACAUGUUGAAGAUGAUGGAAGUAUGUAAAGCUCAGGGUUUUGUUUAUGGAAUUAUCCCGGAGAAAGGCAACCCGGUGACUGGGGCAUCUGAUAAUCUCAGGGAGUGGUGGAAGGAUAAAGUGAGGUUUGAUCGCAAUGGACCUGCUGCCAUAGCAAAGUAUCAAGCUGAUAAUGCCAUCCUAGGCAAGAACGAGGGUUCUAAUCCGAUUGGUCCUACCCCUCACACCUUGCAGGAGCUUCAAGAUACCACCCUUGGUUCUUUAUUGUCAGCUUUAAUGCAGCAUUGUGAUCCUCCUCAGAGGCGAUUUCCAUUGGAAAAAGGUGUUUCACCUCCAUGGUGGCCAAAUGGGCAGGAGGAUUGGUGGCCUCAAUUGGGAUUGCCGAAUGAUCAAGGUCCUCCACCUUAUAAGAAGCCUCAUGAUCUGAAGAAGGCCUGGAAGGUUGGUGUCCUCACAGCAGUGAUCAAGCACAUCUCCCCUGAUAUUACUAAGAUUCGCAAGCUGGUAAGGCAAUCAAAGUGCUUGCAGGACAAGAUGACAGCGAAGGAAAGUGCAACUUGGCUUGCCAUCAUCAAUCAGGAGGAAGUUUUGGCUCGCGAACUUUAUCCUGAUCACUGUGCACCUUUGUCCUCAGCUGGUGGUAGUGGAACUUUCACUAUGAAUGACAGCAGUGAGUAUGAUGUUGAAGGUGCUGUUGAUGACCCUAUCUUUGAUGUUCAAGAGCAAAAACCAAACCAUCUCAGUUUGCUGAAUGUUAAUGUUGAGAUGUUCAAGGAGAAGCUGCCUCUGCAACAACAAUCUCAUCCAAUAAUGAAGGACAACAUUUUUGCCAACUUAGAUUUCACUCGCAAGAGGAAGCCGGCUGAUGACUUGACUUUUAUGAUGGAUCAGAAGAUAUACACUUGCGAGUGUCUUCAAUGUCCUCAUAGUGAGCUUCGCAAUGGUUUUCCGGAUAGAUCCACCAGAGACAAUCAUCAAUUAACUUGCCUUUUCAGAAAUACUUCCCAAUUUGGUGUUCCAAACUUUCACGUGGAUGAAGUCAAGCCAGUUGUCUUCCCUCAACAGUAUGUCCAGCCAAAGCAGGCUUCGCUUCCGGUCAACCCAGCUCCACCCUCCUUUGAUAUAUCUGGACUUGGGGUUCCUGCAGAUGGGCAGAGGGUGAUCAAUGAUCUUAUGUCAUUCUAUGAUAGUAAUAUAGAAGGAAACAAAAGCUCAAUGGCGGGGAACGUUGUGAUGUCCAAAGAGCAGUCUCGUCAACAGCCAAGUGUUCAACAGAACAAUUACCUACAAAGCCAAGGGGUUGUGUUGGAGGGAAGUAUCUUUGGGGACACCAACAUUUCUGCUAACCAGUCCAUGUUCGUGCAAGGAGAUCGGUUUGAUCAGAGUAAGGUGUCAACUUCACCAUUCAAUGCAGGCUCUAAUGAUGAUUUCAGUUUCAUGUUUGGAUCUCCAUUCAAUUUACAAUCCACCGAUUUCUCUGAAUGUCUUUCUGGGAUUUCACAAGAUGACAUUUCGAAACAAGAUGUCCCGGUCUGGUACUAGUGGAUCUCCAUUCAAUUUACAAUCCACCGAUUUCUCUGAAUGUCUUUUUGGGAUUUCACAAGAUGACAUUUCGAAACAAGAUGUCCCGGUCUGGUACUAGGAAGUAGAUUACUCAAAUGAACAUCAAGUAGUCCUCAAACUUUGUGCACAUGGAUAUCACUUCUUUCCAAGAGGAAAGAUCUAAACAAUCUGCCUUUAAUCAGGUGGAUUUCAAUUGCCUAUAGUUUCUCAGUUUGUUUUUUCUGUUACUAUGUAGUUGUAGAGGUUGGAGGAUCUUGCAAGGCGUAAUUAAACAAGGGAGUAGUAAGAGAUGUCCUCGGAUAUUCGCCAUGCUGGUUAGAAAGAACUUAUAGAUGUUUUUAAUUAAGGUUAGCAGUCAGUUUAUUUUCAUAUAUUUAUGUAUAGGUUAGCUUUAUCCCAUAGUCUGUUGGUUCGGAGACUUGUCAGCUCUUUUGUUCCUAUGUCUGGUUCUGGAAAUUAGUCAAUCGUUGGUUCGGAGACUUGUCAGCUCUUUUGUUCCUAUGUCUGGUUCUGGAAAUGUUACCAUUCCCUGCAGGUGCAGGUCUUUUUCUUAAAUGUUAAAGUACUGUUUGUCAUGGUGGUUGUGUAAUGUGUUGGCCAAAGCUGCGUGAUAUGUUAUUAGCAUCUAUAGGCCAUGGCUUGACAAUAAAAUGUUAUGUGAUCUAUUUUGGUAUGU